CGCGGCACCGCAGCGGACCUUGCUGCAUUUGUUGCUGCUCGCCAAGCCAGCAGCAGCAGCAGCAGCAGCAACAGAAACGGUCGCUGUGACUCUCCAGAAAGGCGAGAGCUAGCAGCAGCAGCAGGCCUUCCAGCAGCAGAAAACUCAGCAGCGCCAGCAGCAGCAUCAGCAACCCCUGCAGCAGAAGCAAAUGGCACAGCAGCAGCAGCAGCAGCAGCAGCAGCGGCAGCAGCAGUGCCACCCGAGACAGCAGUAGCAGCACCAAACUGCGUCUCGAAGCUUUUGCUGCCGCGGCAGUGCCGCAGCGUCUCCCGCUUUCACGCAGCGAUUUGCUACCAACCUGCCAGCGGCAGCUGGGUCUUGACAAAUUUUUCCCCACGGCGAAUUUUCGUUGCUGCAGAAUUCUGCAGCGCAGCAGAGCAGCAGCAGCUGCAGCAUCAGGAGGAGGCUAGGCCUGGAGAAGGUGUUGAGAAUGGGGGCUACGCUCUGAACCUUCGAGAGCCUCUUUGCCUCUCGCCGUGGAAGUACCGCAUCAUGCAGCAACAGCAGCAGCAAGAGCAGCAGCAGCAGCAAGAGCAGCAGCAGCAGCAGCAAGAACAGCAGCAGCCGCAGCAGCAACAUUUGAUGGAAGACGGGGUUAAGGGAUCUCAUCAGCAGCAAAACAACAGCAGCGAAGGGGCUCCUGCUUCUCUGUGCAGAAGCAGCAGCAGCUGCAAGAGCAGCAGCAGCAGCACCAGUAGCUUUAAGAUCAGCAGCAACUGCAGCAGCAGCAGCAGCUGCUGCUGCUGCUGCUGCGACAGCAGCAGCUGUGUCUUGAGUCCUCGGGCAAUUUUGCAGUUAGCGAAAAACCUCCAACUGAUUUGGCGGCUGCCGCUUCCCAUCGCAGCCCAGCCAUCGACUGUGUUGAGGCGGUUUGUGCGCGACAUUUCAAACAGCAAAGUGCAGCAGCAGCAGCAGCAGCAGCAGCAGAAGCACGUGCUUCAGCUGCAGCAGCAGCAACUGCAGCAAGGUCUAGCUCUUGACAGCAGCAACACUGUGCUGCAGCUGCGGCUGCAGCAGCUGGAACAGCAGCAGGCGGAGGCGCAGCAGCAAAAGCAGAACCGGAAGCAACAGCAGCAGCAGCAGCAGCAGCAACAGCACGGUGCAGGUGUCAAGCACGAAGAAAAACAGCAGCAGCAGCAGCAGCAGCUACUGCAGCAAAAAUGA